GGGGUCCUCAGCGCCCGCGCCCGCUGCUAUAAAGGCCGCCGCCGCUGCGCGCCUCUGUAGUGGCCUUGUUCUCCGCCUUUCUCUCCCCUUUGCUGACGCGGCUCGGUUCUCGUCAACCUCCAGCCCACCGUCUCCUGACCGAACGUCAUGCCUUCUAUUAAGUUGCAGAGUUCCGAUGGAGAGAUAUUUGAAGUUGAUGUGGAAAUUGCCAAACAGUCUGUAACUAUCAAAACCAUGUUGGAAGAUUUAGGAAUGGAUGAUGAAGGAGAUGAUGACCCAGUUCCUCUCCCAAAUGUUAACGCAGCAAUAUUAAAAAAGGUUAUUCAGUGGUGCACCCACCACAAGGAUGACCCCCCUCCUCCUGAGGACGAUGAGAACAAAGAAAAGCGAACAGAUGAUAUCCCUGUUUGGGACCAAGAAUUCCUGAAAGUGGACCAAGGAACACUUUUUGAACUUAUCCUGGCUGCAAACUACUUAGACAUCAAAGGUUUGCUUGAUGUUACAUGCAAGACUGUUGCCAAUAUGAUUAAGGGGAAAACACCUGAGGAGAUUCGUAAGACCUUCAACAUCAAAAAUGACUUUACUGAAGAAGAGGAAGCCCAGGUACGCAAAGAGAACCAGUGGUGUGAAGAGAAGUGAAAUGCUCUGCCUGACACUGUAACACUGUAAGGAUUGUUCCAAAUACUAGUUGCACUGCUCUGUUUAUAAUUGUUAAUAUUAGACAAACUGUAGACAAAUGCAGCAGCAAAUCAAUUGUAUUAGCGAAUAUUGUCCUCUUUGCAUGUGUAGUUUGAGUACAGAUUCCAGACCUAAAGCUUGAGUUUCUUAUAUGAUCAAAGGUUUUUUUCCUUUUCUUUUUUUUUGCUCUGAAUAAAACUGAACAGUGGAUUCUCUCUAGAAAGUGACAUUUUGGGCUUUCCCUCUUUGUAAAGCGAUUUCUGCCUAGUUUAUUGUCUAGUGGACUUCAGUGACCUAUUAAAAGUUGGCGUUGUAAAUAAAGACAACUUGCAAAAAGUU